AUGAGCGAGGAGCAGCCCUUCUACCCUCCGAUCCCAGACCCCGGCCAUCGCUUCGUCAACGAGCUGGGCAUGGGGUUCGCGUCGGGCUUGGCGGGCAGCUCCAUCCUCAGCCUGUUCAGGGGCCUCCGCCGCGUCGGCGGCCUCGCCGGCGGGGCCCGGGCCGUCAGCGCGAGCGCGCCGCGCGCGGCCGGCACGCUGGCCGCCUACUUCGCCCUGUGCUGUGCCUUGGAGACCGCCAUGGACCUCGCGCGCCCCAAGGAGGACCUCUGGAACGCGCUCGCCGCCGGCGCCGUCUCCUGGGCGGCCCUCGGUGUGCGCCGGGGCGCGGUUGGCGCGGCCCUCGUCACGGCUGGCGUGGCCGACAACUUCGUAGAUGGUCGCAUCCCGCUGCUGGAGAAGCCGCGGCAUCAACCGGCCCAGCCCCUGCAUGCGCCCACGACGCCCGCGGCCCCUGGAUUCUUGGGGAUCCCGCAGGGGUCGCCCAUCGUGGUUCAGGAGGUCUCCGUCGGUGACCAGAGGAUGUGA